AUGCUUUUUUUAGAUCAACCAAUCAUCACAGGAUUAAUUGAAACCGAAUUCAAAGUGGGCCAAGAUGCGAAUUUAGUAUGUACGAUAGACGCCAAUCCACACAUAAAAGAAGAAACUAUUUCAUGGCAAAAGGUUAAUGGAGACAGUAUCACAAAAAACGUUGUCAUUUCCUCUCCCGAUGGAAAUAUCGUUAACACUACAUUAACUAUAAAUGACGUUACAGAGAACGACAGCGGGCAAUACAAAUGCCUUGCGAAAAGCGAAUUUGACGACGUGGAUCACGUAAUUAUAUUGAAAGUGACAAGUACCAAUCCAGGCGCUGAUAAUAAUCUUUCAAAUAAUAAUGCGCUGAUUUCUGGAUUUUCUACAUCGGAGAAUACUGUAGUAGAAAAGGAGUAUUUUGACAACCCACUUGCAGAAACAUCUGUGACAGCAACGAAUGCAGUUGAGGACAUUGCAGAGCGCAAUGGUAAAAGACCACCAUCCGACGAAAUCCCAACAAGGUCUGAUGAAGUGAGCCUGAAAGAGGUAAGCUAUAUAGACAGCAUCAAUCCUCUGCUCAGUGCGGGUGGGGGUGUUGGUGUAUGCCUGGUAAUGCAUAAAGUACUGUGUACUGAUAUCAUAGGCACCCCACCUGUAGAAACUAUCGCCCUUCUAAACUACAAUACUACGAUGAAAUGCAGAUUUAGUGAGCGUCCAAGUCACUUCGUAAUUUGGGAAAAAGACACAGCGAUAAUUGCAAUAAGAAAAUUACCUGAUGCGGUAUAUAUUGGCAAAUACGCCAUAGCAGAUGGCGAUUUAGAUUAUGAUUUAUUCAUCUACAACAUUUCUUUGGACGACGAAGCUGACUACAAAUGUAAGCAUAAUCAGGAGUCUUCGAGUGCUAAAUUGUAUGUGCUGGCUGACGAGACGCGAUGUUCAACAAGCAAUACUGUAGCUAUUGAUGGUGAAAUGGUAUAUUUUUAUUGCAAUGUUGGAUUACCGAACAAUGCCCCUGGUGAUUUAGUCUGGUAUAUUGACGACAUGGAAUAUCAUCGAAGUAACAUUGAUAACAAUGUAUGGACAACACGACUUAACAAAUCACACAACGGUGUUGAGUUUUUUUGUCAGCUUGAACAUGAUACACUGGCCUCUUCUCUUUGGAACCUCACUGCAUGUGAAAAUAAAACACAACUUACCAUUCAAUAUGGGCCAGUUGUUUCAAUCAAUGAUAGCAGUAACGGCAGAGUAAUCGAGGGAAAUACAUACACGGCAAAGUGUACGGUAGAUGCUAACCCGAUAGCAACAAUACAAUGGUACAAUACAGCUUGGAAGAAUACUAGCAGUGAUGCUGAUCUUAUACUUGUUAAUGUUGAAAGAAGUGAUGAAGGCAUGUAUAGUUGUCGUGCUACCAAUUUAUUAUAUAACAACGAAACACGUAAUGAUAAUAAGGCGGUGUAUCUCAGUGUUGAAUUUAAACCAGAACUUACAGCGGUCAUAUCAGGCGAGGCAAGUGAAAGAGGAGAUAUUAUAGAAGGUAGUAGUAUGAAUAUAAUUUGUCUCGUGAGGGAGUCGAAUCCUUCUGCUGAAAGUGUUCAAUGGCUUACAUCGUCAUCUGAUGGUGAAUGGUUGAAUUUUACUAAUGUAACACGUGAUCAAGACGGAAAUUACUCAUGUGAAGCGAGUAAUACUUUUUGGAACAAUGAAAACGGCAUCGGCAGUGUUUCCGUCGCUGUCAAUGUUCAGUACCCACCUACUGUAGAGAUAUCGCUGCUUACAGUCUAUGAAGUUGGUGACAAUGUAACUCUUAAUUGUAGUGUCGUGGAAGCCAAUCCAAUGACAGACAACAUAACGUGGUUUAGAAAUGGUCAAGCUGUACAUUCUUCUGCAGUGUAUACUCUAUACAAUAUAACACGUGACGAUAAAGGCGAAUAUGAAUGCAGAGCAACAAAUAUAUAUUUCGAUGAUAGUCUGGGAAUGGGAAGUAACACUACAACUUUAAUUGUUCACCAUAAACCUGAAGUCGUUAUCUCCAAUCACAAAGAUGGUAAAGUUAUUGAGGGCCAAGAUUACACAGCAACAUGUUCAGCAGAUGCAGAACCACAAGCUAAUAUUACGUGGUUCUAUCCAGACGGCACAGAAUUCAACAAUGCUAGUCUAUUACUGAGUGCCAUUAAGAGAUAUAGCAAUGGGACAUACACGUGUGUUGCUGAAAAUAAACUUGGGAAUGAUAUGAAAUCAAUUUAUGUAGAUGUACAAUAUCCACCCACGGUAUCCGUUGUACCUGACAUAACUUCUAAGGAGGGUGACAUCGUUACACUGACGUGCAAUGUAACCGAUUCAAAUCCACUUGUCGAAACGAUUGAAUGGUUUAAGAAUGAUGCAUUAGUACACAACAAUGGAACGUAUACCUUCGACAAUAUCACCAGAAAUAACGCGGGACAAUAUAAUUGUACAGCGAGGAACACUUAUUUUGAUGGCAGUCCCGGAUUUGGAAUAGGUAUUACUAACAUAUACGUACAAUAUAAACCUGCAGUCGUCAUUGCCGAUCACAGUGAUGGUAAUGUUAUAGAGGGUCAAGAUUACACAGCAACAUGUUUUGCAGAUGCAGAACCACAAGCCACAUUUACGUGGAUCUACCCAGACGGCACAGAGUUCAACAACGGUAAUCUAUCAUUGAGUGCCAUUGAUAGAUAUAGCAAUGGGACAUACACGUGUGUUGCUGAUAAUAACCUUGGGAACGACAUAGAAUCAAUAUAUGUAGAUGUACAAUAUCCACCCACAGUAUCUGUUGUACCUGACAUAACAUGUAAGGAGGGCGACGCGGUAACAUUGGUGUGCAAAGUAAUCAAUUCAAAUCCAGAUGUCGAUACGAUUAAGUGGUCAAAGAAUGGUGUACCAGUGCAUAGUAAUGAAUCGUAUACCUUUGACAGGAUAAAUAGAAAUAAUAGCGGACAAUACAUUUGUACAGCAACCAACACUUAUUUUGAUGGCAGUUCUGAUAUGGGUAAUGGCACAACAAACAUAGACGUACAUUAUCAACCAAUCAUCACAGGAUUAAUUGAAACCGAAUUCAAAGUAGGCCAAGACGCAGAUCUGGUAUGUACGAUAGACGCCAAUCCACACAUAAAAGAGGAAACUGUUUCAUGGCAAAAGGUUAAUGGAGACAGUAUCACAAAAAACGUUGUCAUUUUCUCUCCCCACGGAAAUAUCGUUAAUACUACAUUAACUAUAAAUGACGUUACGGAGAACGACAGCGGACAAUACGAAUGCCUUGCGAAAAGCGAAUUUGACGACGUGAGUCACGUAAUUAUAUUGAAAGUAACAAGUACCAAUACAGGCGCUAAUGAAGGGGGAACAAACGGAAUUCUAACUUGGCAGAUAAGUAUCAUAAUUGUUGGUGCCGUCGUGCUUAUAAUUAUAAUUGCAGUACUAAGCUUCUUGAUUUCGCGAACCGGAAAAGCAAAGCCUAAAGAUCUUUCAAAUAAUAAUGCACUGAUUGCUGGAUUUCCUACAUCGGGGGAUACUGUAGUAGAAAACGAGUAUUUUGACAACCCAUUUACAGAAACAUCUUUGACAGCAACGAAUAGUCGAGGACAUUGAAGAGCGCAAUGGUAAAAGACCACCAUCUGCCGAAAUCCCAACAAGCUCAGAUGAAGUGACCCUGAAAGAGGGUUCCCAGAGUGAUGGAAAAGAGAUUCUUUAUACUACAGUUACAUUCGAGAAAGAUAGUGACAAAUAUGAUCAACCGCAAACUAAACCAGCAGAGGAAACAGUUGAUUAUGCCACGGUUGUUUUCAAAAAUGCG